AUGUUAUUCUUGUCCACCAUUAAUUAUUAUCGUUACGGACCACCACAACCAUCAUGGGACUUAAAAUUUUAUUUGAUGUUCAACAUUACAAAAGAAUAUAUGUCUGGUAAACCUAUCGAAGAUAUUCAAAAAAUGUUUACGGUCAAUAGUGCUGUUGAUGAUGGUGUACUUGUAGAUGAGCUGUCAUUGUCAAAUUCACUUCGUAAAAAAUCAGAAGUUUACAUUGAUGGGAUUUUGAAAGAUUAUAAUCACGUGCUUCUUGAUGAUUGGAGAAGUGUUAAUCUUGGAGAUGGGUUGGAAUGUGAAUGGGUUUACGUUAAAAAAGAAGAAAACAAUAGCAACAAGAAAAAAUACGAUAAGGUUAUUUUGUACUUGCAUGGUGGUGGAUAUAUUUUCGCAUCCCCUGGUGCUUAUCGUAGUCAUACUUCUAAAAUUGCAAAAUCUACAAACGCAAGACUAUUUGUACCAAAUUAUAGACUUGCACCACAAAAUCAAUUUCCUGCCGCUUUACAUGAUUCCAUAACUGCCUACAAUUAUCUUAUUGAUCCACCAAAAGAUGCGGAUUUUCUACCAAUUGAACCUAAAAAUAUUGUAAUUAUGGGUGAUAGUGCAGGUGGUGGUCUAACAAUUGCAACAUUACUUGCUAUACGUGACUCAAAAAAAUCAUUGCCUUUUCCAGCUGGAGCUGUUGUGUGGUCACCAUGGGUUGAUUUAGCUCACACGAUGCCAUCAAUAAAAGAUCCAAAAUAUAAAAAUGUAAUUAUUGAAGAUUUUUUUAGAAUGGAAUUUAUUCCUAGUGCACAUUAUGCAAAAAAUGUCGCUGGAGCUGUUGUGUGGUCACCAUGGGUUGAUUUAGCUCACACAAUGCCAUCAGUAAAAGAUCCAAGAUGUGAUGAAACAGAUUAUCUGUCAACUGAUGCUGCUCAUAAAACAACAUCUCCUGUGUGGUGGGAAGAAUUUGAACAAAAGGCAAAAGAAUUAUCAGAAAAAAUCCAAUUAAAUGUUGACAAUAAACCAAAAUUUUGGCAUAAAUCAUUUGAACAUGAUGGCCGUAUACAAUUUUAUGUGUCUAAUGAAGGAUUAGCAAUUCCGUACGUUUCUCCAUUGUAUGCUGAAAGUUUAGGUGGUUUGCCACCAAUAUUAGUGCAAACAGGUGAUGGAGAAAUAUUAAGAGAUGAGAAUAUCUAUUUUGCUUAUAAAGCUGCUAAUCCAGAAAAAUACAAUUUGCCCUAUUACAAUGCUGAAAAAUUUAAAAAUUCUCCUUAUAAAACACCUACAAAAGUUGUUCUUGAGGUUUAUGAAGAAAUGCCUCACGUCUUCCAGGUAAUUUCACAAACCUUUGAAAGAACAGACGAAUUUAUUGAAGAAUUAUUAUCAGGUGAAGAAGGGGAAAAAGAAUUAAAAGCUUUACAGAUCACAUACAAAGGUGAAAUUAUUGAAAAGUUGAAAGAUGAACAUUACAAGUUACUUGAAUGGGAAAAUGUUGGUAUUGUUCCACCUGACAUCGAAACAGUUUAUCGUACUAGACCAAACAAUAAUAAGUCAUAA